UCGGAAGAAAGGGAAAAGAGAGAGAGAGGGGGGGCGAGACUGGUCGUACUUGGGAAGAAGGAAGAAAAAAACAAAAAAAAGUAAACGAAAUUAAAUAUUAACACCAGCCGUCAGCGGAAAGUGGAAGCGUUACGGAUCGGCAGCUGUGAAGUCGGCAGUGAGCUCCACGUAGACGCUGCGUGUCUUAACGGUGAAAACACAGCAGUGUGCUGGUGAGCGACACAGCACAGCAAAGGUCUCCUCCCAGUCUGUUGACGGAUACAGUUUGGCUUCAGUGAGAAGGAGAGGCACCACAGCCAGACCUGACUGUACACUACCCAGUGUUGUAUUGCCAAGGAUGUCUUCGAAGGCUCACAGUUCCAAUAACAUCGCCCACGCCCGGCGAACGGUGCAGCAGCUGAGAAUAGAGGCGAGCAUUGAGAGGAUAAAGAUAUCCAAGGCCUCUGCAGACCUCAUGAACUACUGCAGUGAACACGCCAGAAACGACCCUCUCCUUAUGGGCAUUCCCGCCUCAGACAAUCCCUUCAAGGACAAAAAACCCUGCAAUAUAUUGUAGUAGAUGCCACUUCGCAUUCAUGUGUUUAUUAUUUUGCUUAUUAAUGUUGCUGUAUUCUCUUUGUUGGGAGGAGUAAGGGUUGGACUGUGAUCGUAUCAUUGCCAUGUGUUCCACUGUUCUGCUAUCAGUUCAGCAAUUCAACCAGGAUUUUCCUCAAAAAACAGCAGUAUGUAAUGAAAAAAGGAGUCCCCACUAGUGCCACUGUUCAGUUUGAGCUCUGACCACUAACGCUAAGACUUUGGCUGCAUGAGUUGUGAAUGCAUCAGGUACAGAAUGUUAUUUUAUUUGUGGCUUGUAAGAGUAUUGUAACAGCAAUGACACCCCUCAGUGAUGGAUUUGGUCCUUCCUACUGUAUGUACUGUCAUUGGGUGGUGUCUGUUACGGUCUCACUGGUUUUGCCUUAAGUGAAGAGAUUCUUACAGCCAAAGUUUCCUUUCAGUCCUUUACAAGCAUAUUACCUUUAACAUGGAUAAUAAUGGCUCUUAUUAUGUGACCUUAGACUACAAGUAUUUAAAAGAUUUUGUGCAGUUGCGAUCACUGAAUUCAGUGGUCAGCGUUUACAUUGCCAUUCAAAUGUUACCGUGAUGUAUCAUUGAUUAGGGACAGUAUUGUCAAUGAAUCUGGUGUGAAAUUCAGACACUCGAAAGUAUUUGGUAACCCAGCUCUGACUGGUCCACGACAAUCCGCAUGCUGUUUAAUCCAUCGUUUUCCUGUCUGGUAUUUACAGUAUGAUUACCAAGAUACAGUGUUGUCUUUAGCUGAUUUAAUGGUCCAUCAUGUGGAGAUCAUUUCCAUAUGAACAUCGUUAAAUCCAAUAUCAUCUAUGCUCAGAUUGAAGCCAUUGGUAUAAUAUGACCCUGGUGCUGUGAUGCUUUUGUCAGCUGUACAUGUAAAAUACAGCGUGACUGCAGCAAAAAUGAAAAUGCUUUAUCACAUGCAGAAUUCUAAUUCUUUUUUUACUUUAGGGAUCAGCUGACAUUGUGUGCAGGGCAACACUGUGUAAUAAAGACCCUGGGACCAAGCCAAACCAAUGAUACUACGUUUAAAAACAUCUACAUAUGCAUCUGAAUGAAACGAUUUGUAGCCAUUUGCUUCUGAAAUUUUCUUUUUUGGUACGAUAUUUUUAGGGACACUGACGACAUGAAGCAUGUCAGCAAGUGUUGCACAAUACUGUGAGCCAUGCUUAUUUGCGUAUCACAAGUGUCUUAGUUGAGGAAAUGUGCAUAUUGUUGUCUAAAAGUGUUUUUGGUACAGGUACAAAUGGUAGUGUGCAUUGCUGAGAAAACCACUCUCCCAAAACUGCUCUGAACUUUUUCACGUUUUUUAAUUUAUACUAAACAUUUGUGUCGGUGGGGGUCUUCAGUCUUCAGUCUAACAUUACCUUCAUGUUGUGAUUCUUUGGGGGAACAUAUCUGCUACGGUAAAUGUAACAAAAAACAGAAUAAAUAGCAUAAAUUAAGGAAUUUCUUACACUCUAAAGCCUUACUUGUGUUGGCCUUGAAUCAUAACUGGGAGUGCUUUCUUGAAAAAAAAAAAAAAGAAGAGUUUCUAUCGAAUGUUUUUAUCUGUGGGAGGAAAGUGAUUUAUAACAAUAUUGUGCCAUCUGUUUCUGUCUAUAUGUCAAAAAAAGUAAACUGUGUUUCACUAAACUGGUGCUCCGCUUUUCAGCAGUUUUGGUAUUGUUGCCCUCUGCAAAGGGUUCUUUCAGGUCUUCAAAUCAACAACAGCUUGUUAUUAUCCAGUUGUAUUGUAAAUGAUUGUCUCUAAAAGUCAGUUUUCUUUCUUGCAAUAAAUCACUCUGUAUGCUUCAAGUGCAGGAGAAAUUCAGAUUACUACUACAAAUUCAGAUUACUAGUGCCAUGUCACGAUUUCUGUCCAUUCAGCAACUCUGUAAUAGCCUUAUUGUUCCAUUGAUAGCUUAAUUUAACUGUCAGAAUCUGCGUUUUGAUAAAUGUCUUUAUUAAUAUACCAACCUUUGUAUGAAGACUUAACUAAGAUUAAUAAAGUGAAGCAUUCCUAAAGUACAGUAUUGAACUAAUAUAUCAAUAAAGAUGUGC